UCCUAGCGAUGCGUCUGAUGCAAUUAUAGUCGGUUGAUGCAAUCUGUUUCUCUUGUUCGUAGGGUUAUCGGCUUGUGAUGGUUUUUGUUAUAUUGUAAUGGAUAAGAGACCUAUACCAGAUGCCUAUUUUACAGUGAAACAAACGUAUUCACUUGCAUAAAAAGACGGGUUACCUUUACUUAGUUUUUAAUCUUAAACGCUAACUUUUUACUAAAAUAAAUAUAUUAAAAAUUCCGGAAAAACCAUAUAAUUAUCGAGAAUGUCGCGCCACGUGGAAGCACAAGGCUUGGGCGUAAACGAUAAGGCCAAUGGAAGUAGAAAAGGGAAAGUAAAACUCAAAAGUGAAAUAACUUUGGUGAAUGGCGUAGCAAUUAUUGUUGGAUGUAUUAUUGGAGCGGGCAUAUUUGUUUCACCGCGAGGUGUUUUUGCUUACUGCGGUGAAUCAGUAGGCCUAUCGCUUGUCGUCUGGACACUAUGCGGUAUAUUUUCUAUGUUGGGCGCCAUGUGUUACGCUGAAUUAGGAACAUCUAUUGUAAGAUCUGGUGGAGAUUACGCCUACAUCCUAGAGGCAUUCGGGCCUUUACCAGCGUUUCUUAGACUAUGGGUAGCUCUUCUUAUAAUUCGACCGACAGCUCAAGCUAUCUUGGCACUCACCUUCUCUCACUAUAUCAUUGAACCCCUCUAUCCACAAUGUGAACCGCCUAAUGCAGCUGUGCGGAUCCUGGCGGCUCUUUCCCUCGGCUUUCUGACAUAUGUAAACUGCAGGAGUGUACGUUGGACAAUGAACAUUCAAGACAUUUUUACCGGAGCUAAGCUGUUAGCCCUAGCUAUCAUUAUAAUCACAGGCGUAGUGUGUUUGUUCCGAGGAGAAACCACCCAUCUAAAGAACACUUUCCAUGGAGACUUUAAGGCACAAGAUAUUUCUUUGGCUUUCUACUCGGGCUUGUUUGCUUAUGGAGGAUGGAACUUUCUGAACUUUGUAACGGAAGAGCUUAAGAAUCCUUACAAAAAUUUACCUCGAGCUAUUUGGAUUGCAAUUCCUAUCGUGACAUUUGUGUACGUUUUUGCCAACGUUGCGUAUUUUACAGUCGUUUCACCACUUGAAAUGCUAGCUUCGCCUGCCGUUGCCGUGACAUUUGCAAAUAAAAUGUUUGGGGUUAUGGCUUGGAUCAUGCCGAUAUUUGUGGGAUUAUCAGUAUUUGGUGGCGUCAACGGUCUUCUUUUCACCUCAAGUAGGCUUUUCCUCGUGGGUGCUCAGGAAGGCCAUCUACCGUCCAUAUUUGCAAUGAUUCAUUACGAAAGAUGUACCCCAACACCAUCACUUAUGUUUACGUGUACACUUUCUCUGUUAAUGUUGACCACUAGCGACAUCUACACUUUAAUUAACUACUUCAGUUUUAUCCAAUGGCUUUGGGUCGGCGUGGCCAUCGCGGGCAUGAUGUAUCUACGUUGGAAGAAACCUGAUAUGCCUCGACCAAUCAAAGUUUCAUUAAUUUUCCCGAUCUCCUUUUUCCUGUGUUGUUUAUUCCUUACCGUCAUACCUCUGUAUGCUCAACCACUACAGACAGGAAUAGGAUUGUUGAUAAUUCUGUCCGGUGUGCCAGUGCACUUUGCUGUCGUUAAAACCAGAAAAAAAUCGCCCACCCUUUCACUUAUUUCAGGGAGGAUAACUACAGAAUUGCAAAAACUGUUAGAAGUGAUGAUUCCAGAAAAAGACGACCCACUCUUGAGUAAUUGAAACAAUAACAAGAAAUCGUGAUAUUUGGUUAAGUGGGGAUAUGGAAAUAAGUGUCAUUAAUUUCUGAAAGUUUUUUUUAAAAAAUAAGUAGUAUCGUAUUGACACUACAUUCCACAAGAUGACGUCUUAGUUUUUUUACGAAUUUAAGACUGAAAGGUAUAGCAGAAUUAUCACAUAAUUAUUUUUGUGAAAUUUUAAAAGUAUGUUGUCCUAAAACUUUCAAACUAAAAUGCAUGUUUCAUUUUAUAAAUCAUCAUUGUUUUAUUAAAGACCUGGACAGAGAAUGUAUCAGAAUGAAUGCAUUACCCUUAAGUAUUUCAUUGGUAUAGUUACACUGUUAUUAACUUUUACUGAAUUCCUCUGAAAGUGUAGUUAUUUAACUGAACAUUUAAAAGGUCGGUUUUCAUUGAAUUCACGAAUCGGUGAAAGGCUGAAUAUACGAUCAGUUGUAGUUUGUUUUUCAAUUAUGACCAACUAAAUCAUAAAACAUGAUUUAUGUUAGCCUCACGUGGUUAGCGUGCCAUUUCGCGGAUCUGUGGUUCCAUGGUUUGUGUCCCUUAACGCCAAAAAAGUUUGGUUUGUUUUGAAUUUUGCACAAAGUUACACGAGGUCCAUCGGCGCUAGCCGUCCCUAAUUUAGCAGUGAAAAACUAAAGAGAAAGCAGCCACCCUUCAUCACCACCCACCGCCAUCUCGUGGGCUAUUCUUUUACCAAUGAUUAGUGGGAUUGACCGUCACAUUAUAACGCCCUCACGGCUGAAAGGGCGAGCACGUUUGGUGGGACGGGGAUUCGAACCCGCAGUAUGCGAGUCGAGCGCUCUACCCACCUGGCCAUGCUGGGCCUACCCCAGAAGAAAGAAUGAACAUUGCUUUACGCACUUUGGGAUUGUAUGACAAGAGUCGGCGGUGGGUGGUAUUUGUAACUUCCUUCUGUCUAAGCCAUCUCUUCAAAAUUAUGGACGACUAGCCUAGAGAGUCCCCGUGUAGGUUUACAUGAAAUUCAACAAGACAAAUAUUACUCCCUGUGUAGGUGAAGUGUUAUAUAUUUCAUAAUCCAUUUGCUUUUGAGUGCUUGCAAUUUCAGUUUUUAUAUUUUAUUUUAUUGGAGAAAGGAAGAAUGCAUUUUCUACAAAAGAUAAAAAAUUGAACAUGUUUGCUGUUUUCUUUUAGCACUUCUUUUUUAUGUUUCAUGGUGGAUAAUAUUUAAUUUAUAUAAUUACAAUUUGAAUUUUCACUCGGUGAUUAAAAAGUGUUAUGAAAAUAGCAAAGCCUAGCUGUUUUCCCUUUCAACAACUUACAAAUAGAAAAACGGUAAAUAAUUCCGCUUAUCGUUUUAUAUUUCAUGGUUGCUGAAAUAGACAAAACGGAAGUGUCGUUAUGCAUACGUGGCACAAAAUGAAAGGGAGGCCCACUAUUUUGAUUGGCUCGGAAAGUUCUAAUUAUGCAUUAUCCAUUCCUGCAUUUCACCACCUAACGUAUAUAUGCAUCCAUCCUGUGAGUGCAAUGUAUGAGGGGUAGAAUAUAGGAAUGGGUAAUGCAGAUUUUCCUCGUAUCCCAAAUGCUCUCUAGUUUCUCAUCAUUUUCCAUCCCCCACAAUUUUAGAAUAAAAACUUUUUAUUACUAGUGUAUGAGAAUUUCUGUCGAUUUUCCUCGAUCAAACAACACAUAUUUCACUAUGGUGUUCCAAAACUAAGUAAAACGAAAUAUAAGCAUGUAAAGGACAUUGUUAAUUUAUACAUAUACGUAUUGCUGAUUACAUUAGUGUCUGAAUUAAUGAAGAAACACGAAUCAUAGUAGAAUAUUAAAAACUCAGUAAAUAUGUGUGAAGAACGUGCAUUAUUGUGAUAUAUACAUGCAUACAUUUCUUAACACGUUACUGCCUGAACUGCAAGCAGAAGUAUAUACUCAUUAUCAACUUUAACAGUUAAGUCUGCUUAAGUCAUUAUGUAACAUAUAGUGGUAGUUUGUGACUGUGUAUGAAAGACACUUUCAUCACAAGCUGCAACAUGGAUGGACAGAUUUCACGUGGCUGCGCAAGGUGACAAACUGAGUAAUGUACGCAUAACGCCACUUCCGUUGGAAAUCGAUAUGAAAUACUAAGCGGUAAAAGUUUUCGUUAACAGAAAAACAACUUUGUUUUGCGUUACAAAUCCCGUCCCCCCCCCCAAAAAAAAGCUCAGGAAUUAACAGUACAAUCCCGGAUUAAAACUUGCAUUUGGUCCUUAUUUUGUGUUUUUGACAAAUUGAAAUUGACGAAAGAACUUGGAAGUAGUUUAAAAGAGAGGUCUUGCAUGGCCUGGAGGUUAGGGCAAUCUGUAUGUCGUAGAUUCGAAUUCCAUCACCGAACAUAUUCAUCCUUUCAGUAGCGGGGGCUUUAUAAUGUGUUGGUCAAUCCCACUGUUUGUUGGUAAAGACUAGCCCAAAAGUUGGUGGUGGAUAGUGUUGACUAGAUGCCUUUAAAAAUUAUAGAUGGCUUGCGCAAAUAGACCUCAAGUAGCUUUAUUGCGAAGUUCAACAAAUAAACAUGUUUAAAAGAGGAUGUACAUCGUUGUUUCUAUUUUAACGCUUAGUAGACUCGUUCACGAAUAAGGAUUUUUAUUCAGAAUAAUUUAUUGUAGGCUCAGGUGUUAAAUAUCUAAUUCUCCUAGAAUUCGUUUGUUUGUAUGUAAUUAAGCACAUUGAACCAUCUGUGCUGUGCCCACCACGGGUAUCGAAAUCCGGUUUCUAGCGUUACAAGUCCGAAGACUUACCACUGUGUCAUUGGGGGGAAAUUCUCUUAGAACAAGUAUACAAUGUGGCUGUCACCUAGCAACAUUUGACGUUAAUGCUUGAAUAAUUACUCUGAAUAAUUAAACUUUGAUGUCAUAUUCUUGACAUGGCAUAAUUUAAAAAAUCUGGUGUUUGUGGUGUGUGGAUUAGCGUGUUCUGGUUGUGAAUCCUUUAAGCAAAAACACGCUCCGCAAAUAUUUUGUCAAAUCCCACUGGUCUAUCUGUUCAAAAUUAGGAUCGAUUAUGCGCAGAUAGCUUUGGUAGAAACUUUUAAAAACAAAACAAACAAUCUAAUGUUGUUUAAUGGCAAUAUGUUACGUAUUUAAAUUAUACAGAUGCUUCAUUUUUUUUUCGGAAGUCUACCUGUUGUUAUUACGACAAGCGGGGUAAAUAUUUUGUUGUAUUAUAUAAUAUUUUAGGCAGUUAAAAAAAAAGAUGCGAAGUGCACAAAAUCAGGUUUGUUUCCCUGAUAAGUUACAACAGAUAAUGUCUUCUUUUCGUCUAAUAAUGAAUGCUAUUAUUAUGGAUUUACACCAUCUAUUGACCAGUUAGAGAGUUUACAAGCUCUUGAAAAUCCUGAUCGUCGUAUGCAUAGGAAAUUCAGUUGAUUAUAGUGUUUUACUAUCAUCGCUUUUUAAUUAAGGAAAUGUUUUAUAUAAUUAUUUUGUUUUAAAAUUUUUCUAACAAUAUUCUAUUGAAAAAUGCGAACUACUUUUGUCAGACCUUGUAAAUCUAGUUGAAUUGAAAUUAGGCAACUUUUGUUGAAAAUAUAUUUGGUUAUAUUUCCGGGAAGGAACCACGAAAAAAGACACAGACGCACUGUCACUUUCUACUUUUAGAAUAUUACAGGGGAACUGCUCACAGAAUUAACGUACAUGGGAACACAACACAGAUUCAUAUUGUGUAGCUUUGAGCUUAACAACAGCCAAACGUAUGUGAGGCGAGUGUGUACAAAGGAAUUAAUGUACUUGAGAUUUUUCGUAUAAUCACUAUUGAAUUAUUUUACAUACAAGCUACCAACCCGUUAUAAUUUAAAUAUAAUGUAAUAGGAAUGGAAGAUAGAUGAUUGGGUAUGAAGUUGGGUUUUCGUAGAAUUUUGUUAGUACUUUAACUGUGAAGUUACACUGUGGGUUUUCUACGCUAUGUUUGCCGCGGAGGUCAAACCCUGAUUCUUAGCGUUAUAAACCCUUAAGACUUGGGCUCUCUGCUGACCCAUCGGUGGUAAUUUUUAUGUGCUUAUCUCGAAGUAAACAUUUAAAUGACGUAUUUAUAGCGUUUUCUUUUAUGAAGUAUUGUAGUUUGGGAUUGUGUUUGUUAUGUUGUCAGUACAUAUAAACAGCUUGAAAUGAAUUAAUCCGACAUAGAUAUUUAAAUAUAUAUUGUACUUGAAGGGUAUGAUAUGUAUAUAUAUUGUAUUGUUUAUUAGGUACGAAUAACUUGAACUGAUGUUGAGCAAUUCAAAAUUUUUUGUAGAGAAACAAUUAUUUUUAACUUCAAACAUUAUCUGUGUAUGUGGUAUAUGUAUGAAUGUACAUAUGAAAAAAUAGAAAACUCGCAAGUUAGUAAUAAUACGACAAGAACAAAAUAUUGUCAAGAAUUGAUAUAUAUAUAUAUAUAUAUAUAUAUUCAUAAGUACCUUUAAUUUAUUGUUGCGAAUCAAACUUACAAAUUGUAUUUAAUUUGUGGUAUUUUAUCGUUUGGACUUGUACAAUUGGCGUAUUUUAAUAAAUCAAAUCUACAUUGUUAUGUUUUAAGUUUUACACGUUAAUGAUAGUGGUUGAUACGGUAGUGUACACUUUUAAUUGAUGGCUUGUUCCUAUUAUUAUUAUUACAUCAUAAAAUAAAUUUAACUUAAUCUAACUAUUGUGCUGAAUGUUAUAACGCAAACCUAACAUUUGGUGUGUCUUAAUUAUGUGUUUCAAACCCAACAAUACUGACAAAAGCUUAUGGAUUUACGACUUAAGCCUUACGUAACCUACAACAUUUCUGAAUAAAUUGUAGGUAUGCUUCAACAGGCAAAUAAACUUGUAUGACUUCUUAUAAUAUAUUAUUUCUAAUUUGUUCUCAACAUUUUCUGAUUCCUGAGUGUGUUCAAUCAAAUUUCUAGAGCUACAGAUGGUUUCCAGCCAUUUGUUCACAGGAAAUACAGUGAAAAAAGACAAAAAAGUAAAAAUAUUGUUAAUAAAACUUCGAUUUUCGCAGAAUUUAUAAUUUGUAUGUGCUUUCGGAAUAUAUUAAAGUGUUUCCUUUUUUGUUAUUGUAAAAUAAGUGAAAUUUAUAACUUUCAUUUUAAAAUUUCUACUCGAGGGCUAUCUGCGCUAACCGUCCCUCAUUUAGUAGUGAUAGAGGGAAAGCAACUAGUCAACACCGCCAACUCUUGGGAUACUCUUUUACCAGUGAGCAUAUUUAGUGAUGGGAUUCUAACUCUCGACUACUUUUAUUUGAAGAAAAGAACAACAGCUUAACACAUCAGUAUUUAGAAAGGGACAGGACGUAAGUUUCCGUUGACUAUUACGUAUACCAAUCUAUAGUCACUACAGAGGCAAGAUAUCACUGAGAAAAAAAAAGGAGUUAAAAUGAAAGGCAAUAAUAGCCAAUUGUGUAGCUUUGUGCUUAACUACAAAACAAACAAACAAUCCCAAAGAAAUGUCAAAUAGCUGAAAUCAUUGAUAUAUUCUGUUAGUUUGCUUUGAUUGGAUGUAUGAUAUAAUAUUUUCUUUGAUCAGUAGUUUUAAAAACUGAAAAGAAUGUUAUGUUAAACACGAUGUGUGUGUCUCGAGAGAUACGUUAAUAGUGUUAAUAAUCAACUUCAUUUGAAUUAACAAAUGUAUUGUUUCUGAAAUUUAAAUUGUAAGUUGAUUUCUUAUUUUAUUAAAGAUAUAUUUCGGUUAUUUGAUUUAUGCAUACAAUCCUACUUUAACCCUGUUUUUCGUUUUGUUGUGUAAUACAUUCAUUUAUAAAAGUUGGUGGUGGUUUUUUGUUGUUGUUUUUAAAUCGACAAAUAAGGAAGUUGCCCUUUUUCAGGUUAUGUUGGUGUAUAUUAUCCUUAAAUUGUAACAGACAGUUUACUUUCCUCGUGUGAAGAAAAGAAUAAAAAUAUUGAACAAAACUCUAUAAGUGUGACAUUCGUGUAUUUUAAGUGUUACUCUAUUAAUUUCGAACACACGAAUGUGUGUUCAUUAAAUUCAUGGAAUUUUUACACUUUAGUUUUAAGGGAUCUAUAAAUAGCAGCUGUUUAUUCAAUGACCAAGCGAAAGAUUCUACGUACACUGUUCUUUUUAAAGUAUCUAGACAUCUCUUGAACGUAUGACAUGCUAUACUCAGCAUGUUUGCAAGAGAACUCGGCAAGCGUAAACACAGAGACAAACCAAACAGGCCCGGCACGGCCAGGUGGUUAAGGCGCUCGACUCGCAAUCUGAGGGUCGCGGGUUCGAAUCCCCAUCACAGUAAACACAGAGACAAACCAAACAGGCCCGGCAUGGCCAG